GCAGAGCCACACACACCACGCGCGGUCACCGACUACUCCUACUCCCUUGCCGUAGUGUGCCGGAGUCUCAGGUCUAAACAGCCAAGGAGAAGAAGACGAUGUCGUCGGUCAGCGCCCGCGCUCCGGUGGCCGCUCUCCGGCCGUCGGCGUCGUCACCGAGCCCCCGGUUCCUCGGCGACUCCGGCCGCGUCGCCCUCGCCAAGUCGAUCGCACGCCGUGACGUCGCCGUCCAGGCCAAAGGCGCGUGGCUCCCCGGCCUCGCCUCCCCUGCCUACCUCGACGGCAGUUUGGCUGGUGACAAUGGUUUCGACCCGCUGGCGCUGGCGGCGGACCCGGAGGACCUGCGGUGGUUCGUGCAGGCGGAGCUGGUGAACGGGCGGUGGGCGAUGCUGGGGGUGGCCGGGAUGCUGAUCCCGGAGGUGCUCACCAAGGCGGGGCUCCUGAACGCGCCGGAGUGGUACGACGCCGGCAAGGGGGAGUACUUCGCCUCCUCCUCCACGCUCUUCGUCAUCGAGUUCAUCCUCUUCCACUACGUGGAGAUCCGGCGGUGGCAGGACAUCAAGAACCCGGGCUCCGUCAACCAGGACCCCAUCUUCAAGAGCUACAGCCUCCCCGCCCACGAGUGCGGUUACCCCGGCAGCGUCUUCAACCCGCUCAACUUCGCCCCCACCAUCGAGAACAAGGAGAAGGAGCUCGCCAACGGGAGACUGGCGAUGCUGGCGUUCCUGGGGUUCCUGGUGCAGCACAACGUCACCGGGAAGGGACCGUUGGAGAACCUGCAGCAGCACCUGGCUGACCCGUGGCACACCACCAUCAUCCAGACCUUCUCCCAGGCACCAGUCGAGGAGGUUGCGGCCGCUUUGAAUUGAUUCAUCUUGAAUUUCCAGACCAAAUUCUGUUGGUUCUUCCAACAAAUGGAGCAGGGGAGGGGAUGUACAGUUUGGUGGAGGGGUGUUAGGUGGACGUUUGCACGAUUAGGUGGACAGUGCAAAACCGUGUAAUCUUAAAAUUUCAGGUGGUGAAACUUUGUUCUUGUGGACCUCUGGGGUUCACCAAUGGCUUCUAACUGAAGUUGUACCUGUAAUAUCAUUCAUGAGUGUUUUUUUGUUCCAACAUGGCAAGGGAAAGUUUGAAUCA